AUGUCGGCUGCUAGUCAAUGCUAUUCAAAAUUAGGGAGAAAUCGAGAUUUCCGUAUUGAGAUUCCUGAAUAUAAUAAUAGGGAAUCCGGUCCAAAAUCGUCUCAUUUUCAAUACGGCUUAUAUGUACCUUCAGAGCGAAGGUGGCUGAAAUAUCAUCGACAUCGCUCCCUCCCACCUUGCACUCAUCCAGACUUCAUUGAUAUUCAAAGAGAAUCCGAGUACAUCUCACUUAGAAAGAACUUGCAUAGUUGUGGUGGCUCAACUUUAGCUGGGAACUUGCCAGGAAAGAUUCCAUCUGUUUCCUGGAACAGUCACAAACGUUUUCCACAAAGGCCAUGUAUCUUUCAUCAAUUUGCCAGAUGCUAUAACCCCUGGACUCCAUAUCCCUGCGGUUUUACCGAAGCCUUCCAAUCCUUCAGAAAUUCAACCUGCCAACAAAUCCCUUCAAAUUGUCUCGCGUCAAGAUCCCUUUCUUGCCCUAGAGACAUAAAUUAG